GAAUGUCCCAUGUAUAUGGAAAAGUGUCCUAAUGGUCAUGAGUGUGUACAUCAUUCAAUGGUUUGUUCUGGAGAACAGAUGUGUGAUGGCGAGUCAGAAGAUGAAAAAGAACUAUGCACAACACACAGUUGUGGUGACUUCAAGUCGAAAUGUGAUAAUGGAUACCAAUGUGUGCUCGAUGCCAAGAAAUGUGACGGCUCCGUAGAUUGUGCAGAUAGUUCAGACGAAAAUCCAGACUUGUGUGUAGAGAAUCGCACCUGCCCAGUGGGAAUGGUGAAAUGUGAAGAUAAUGUUCAGUGUAUUUACGAAAUGCAGUUUUGUAGUGCAUAUCCUGACUGCAACGAUAAGUCGGAUGAAAACCCGAAGAUUUGUACAAGAGACAGAGCUUGUCCCACUGGAAUGUCUAGAUGUUCUGAAAAUGACCCGAUGUGCAUUCAUGAUAGUUGGUUCUGCAACAACCAACCAGAAUGCUAUCACAGAGCGGAUGAAAAUCCGAACAAUUGCUUAAAUCGUCCAAAAGGAUCCACUAAGUUGCCGUGGGUAACAUAGCUGGCAGUCGAAUUGGAUUUUUAUUGAAGCCAUCGCACUUAAGUCCUACGACAACAGACAAUAAUUGAAUUGUGUGAAAAGUAUUAAAUGCCUUUAUUGUAUCUGUAAAUAGUGGGGAUAGCAAUUUGGUUUGCAUGAAUCUUGUUUUGAGAUGUUAUCACCAUAUAAUAAAAUUAUUUGCUAUACGUCA